AUGGAAGAAACACAACUAUCUAAUGACUUUAAUUUUACAUCAAAAACUAUCACAACUGAAGUUGUUGAUGAAUACGGAAGUUCAAUCGUUUCAACUAUUAAAACAAAAAAACGUCGUUCUGGAAAAUAUUGUUUACAUUAUUUAAAAAUAAUCCUCAAAAAUAUUGGCUUAACUCUAUUGUUAAUUGCAUACCUAUAUGCUGGAGGUUUUAUAUUUCGUUCACUUGAAAUAUACAAUGAAGCGCAAGACUGUUUUCAACGUCAGAGUAGUUAUUUGAAGAAACUCAAUUCAACUACACUUAGGGUCAUUGGCACGAUAAAAUCAAUUGAUUCUGGUAAUGUGGAUAAUACACAGACAUUAGAUGAAGUUAUUCUGAGUAUACUGAAUGAUUAUGCAAAUGAUUUAUUUGCGUUAGACGUGAAACCAUCAACAAAUUGUACAGCUAUAUUGGAUACACCAGAUGGUUCAAAAUGGAAUUUAGUUAAUUCAAUAUUUUUCUGUGUAACGGUAAUAACAACUAUAGGCUAUGGACAUAUUGCACCAGUUACAUUUUGGGGCCGAAUAACCUGCAUUAUUUAUGCUAUCAUUGGUAUACCAUUAAUGCUGAUCUAUCUAGCUAUUAUUGGUAAUUUACUUGCACGAGGAUUUCGUUUGAUCUUCUUAAAUUUGGUUUGUUGUCGAUGUUUCUAUGACAUAAUAAGACGUAAACGUGAACGACGUAGAAAACGUAUGCGUCAGUGGGAAGAAAGUCUUCGUGAACAUGAAGAAGAAGAGGCUAGACGAAGAGGAUUACCAUUACCUCCGAAAAAGGUUCAGUCGAAUACCCAAGAUGACUAUGAUGACGAUUAUGAAAGUGACGACGAAGAUGAGAACGCUGAAGAGGAAAAACUACAUGUUCCAUUGACAGUCAGUGUUAUUGUCCUAUCUAUAUAUACAUUAAUUGGUGCUGUGAUAUUUCCAGCAUGGGAAGACUGGUCAACAGCUAAUGCUGCUUACUUCUCAUUUAUUACAAUAUCAACAAUUGGAUUCGGUGAUUUAGUUCCAGGGAAUGGAAGAUUCACUGAGCCUAAAACUGCAACUGAACUAUUUGUUGGUGGUUUAUAUUUACUAUUUGGAUUAGCUUUAUUAUCAAUGUGUUUAAAUUUAAUGAAAGAUGAAAUUAUCGCCAAAGUUCAUUAUAUUUGUACUUGUAUUGGUUUGAAAAACAAUAUAGCACACAAUGAUGAUAAUGAUGGUGAUGAAAAUCAUUUAAAUAAUAUUAAUCAACAAUUAUUUAAUCAACUUGUAAAACAAAAAGAAUCAUCUACAAUCAUAACACAUAAUGAUAAAAAUAAUGAACAGCUGAACAAAGAAACAGCACAAUUAAUAACCACAUCAAGAAAGACCGAACAAUCUGAUAAUUAUCAAACAAAGGAAUAUGAUAAUGAAGCAUUUCAGAAAGACAGAUAA